AUGGGCACGCAACGCAAUUGGACCGGCGUCGAUGCUCGAGCCAGGGCGGCGCCCGCGCAAGACGACGCGGCUCGUGUGCGCGUUGGUACGGUUAGCGGAAGUGCUGUGUCGCCUCAGAUGACACUUCCGGUCGGUUUUGAAGCGGCGUUGGAAAACGAACAGCCGCCCCGAGUGGCCAGCGCGCCGCCUCCGGGUCAGUUCCGGAAGAAGGUGGAGUUUGGACGCGGUGCAUCGCUUUUGGGAGUGGCAACAGGCGAAGAUAUUUGGAGUGCAGCAUCCGAGCGCAUCGGUGGAUCCGGGGAAGAUGCGGGCAAGAACUCUAUGUAUGCUUCGACGAUUUGGGGAUGUCCGGGUUUUUGUUCAGUACCGUCACCGGGACGUGUUUCCGGCUCCAACGACGCGCAGUAUUCUGAUCCUGGAGAGCUGUCCACGCCGAAUCAGAUGUCUUCGGAUCGCCUUGCGAGUUGGAAAGUUGCUUCUGGCUCCCAUCAGCUGGGAGCCGACACCCGGCGCAACGAGAUGCUCCGUGGCUACGGGUCGCAGACGGAUCCAUUACGUGGACCCCGUGUCCUACAAAGGGACUGGACAGAAAAGGACCAGACAACACUGGAGAGGUUUUCAAAUUUAUCUAUUCAGAGCGCCCCGCCAUUGAGGCGUGCACCGACCCAGUGGACGUUUCAAAGCCGUCCAGAGCAGGCGGACUGGUGGCGUGCACAGCAGUCAGCUCUUUCCGCAGGCUCUGAGAGCGGAUCAGCCGCUUUCCAAAGCGAUUUACGCACUGCAACUCCUCAAGGCUGGGGAGUGGCGCCCUGCCCGCGGGUAUGGCAGCCUGCGGCGUGUUGUUCCUCGCCGAGUGAACAGCAGCCCCUGGCUGGUCCACUGACGUGUACUGGAAGGACCACACCGUCGGCUGCGGAGGGCGCCUACUCAAGGCUCUGGGCACCGAUUCCGCACCGCACGAUUUCAGAGAUAGCACGGUCGGAUGUGGCGCGCACGCCAAGCCCAGCCUUCGAGUCCUCCUCGGUAGUGUCGUCACCGGUGCGAGCUCGAAGUGCGAGUCAGUACAGUUCCGUGUCUGGGCUAGAAGGGGGAUCUGUCGUGAGCGGUCGCGCGUUUGGAAGCUCCCGUUCUGCGUGGUCGGGACCUGUGUCCGGGGCCGCUUCGUGGAAGUCAUGCGAAGACGCCUGGGAUCAGCAGCGUGCAACGACGGCAUUGUCAGGCAUCAACACGUUGAAUGGCUAUGCUCGUUCGCCUCGAGCACCGGUUUCCGCGUCAUCGGUCUCCUCGAGUUCGUCGUCGUUACCAAUGGCUAAUAACCCAUCAAUCGUGGCUUCCGAUCCGAGCCUGAUGCGCUGGGCAGGAGGCUGUGGCGCAUCACCGCUGUACAAUGCAUCAGCGGCAUACCAGAGCGCUCAGAGCGGUACUGUGUGCACCAGAUCCUGGAGUAGUCCUGCCACGGUGCAGGCGCCGAACAGCGGGUAUCCCGCUGUGCUCAAUCAUCAGCCCCGAGCACCGAAAGAACGCUCCGCCGAUGACCGUCAAAUAUGCACUGGGAAAAAGGGGGACGGUUUGGAUACCAACGGUAACGAAGAACAUGAACAGCGGGUCCCGAACCGUCGAGAACGCGCAGCGAGCUCCCCUGGUUACGUGGGUCAUGUCACCAAUGGAAAGAGCCAGAACAGUGAGGAAUCCUCGUGUGGUCGUCGAGAUGCGGCUGCACGUCUCGAAUCCACACUGCAAUGGGCAAGCCGCCCUCCGUUGAAUAUCCCAGUCACGGAAUCACAACCGAGCCCGGAAACCUGUGUCCAGGAGCAGCGAACAGCCCGCUGUUGCUUGGAGAGCCCCGCUGACGGUGUUUCAGAGCCUGACAACCAGUGUCGGGUGGACUCCCAAAUGAUUGGCAGUGGAACAACUUCCGUAUCUGAGACUGGGCGGCCUCAGAUCGAUCCCAACGCCAAUAGGACCCAUAGACUUUCACCGAGCAGGCAGAGUUCGCUCGUCGAAGGCACUUUCGAGCACUACGAAUGCCACAACGGUCGACGUCUGUGUCCAGGCUAUUCAGCUACGAGCCCUAGGCCUCUGCAAGUUGCGAACGCGGCCGGCGCGCAUCUCUCGCAGGCGCUUCCGCUCAUAUCGCCAUCACCAGGUGCGACGCAACCGCUCGAAGAAAGCAUCUGGAUUCAUCCAGAUCAGAUCGUUUUGAACGGCAGCGAACAAGCGGGCUUGUGCACUGAGGUGGAGCUUGCGGAUCGACGAGCAACACCCGUGUAUUCCUGGCACCCUGCUGCACAGCUGCCGUCGGGAAUCGCUUGUCCACAGGGUCGUGCUGCAUCUGUUCGGAAAGAGAGCACUUUGGUUGCCUCUGGCAGCGAGGAUGCUAACGAGUCGUCAAUGUUUUCCUUGGUUCCGGACCAUUGCGUAUCGUUUCCCCCGGUCAUUCCGAGCGGAUGCCGCUUCGUUUGUGCACAUGCCACAGAAGAUGCCAUGCGAAUGCGGAGCGCAAAACAUGGGAACUUGGCUGAUGCUUCGAUUCCGGAAUCUUGUCUUUCAGCAGAACCCGCAGCCUAUGGAGCGCAAACGACAUCACCGAGGCCGUCGUCGGCGUCUUCUUCUUCUUUUGUAUCCGAAGAAAAUGGUGGCAGGCCCGCCGUGCCAGGGAGUGUUGGCCCCGCUGGUGCAAAUCCGAUACCGGCAGCAGCAGCAGCAGCAAGAGCUCCUCGACGAGAACCAACAACCCAGAUGGGGCAUUCUAGUGGUGUGGCUCAACUGCGCGCCCCGUUCGUGAGCGUCGCACCGAUACUCACAGACUCGUACAGCGGGCAAGUGCGUGUCGGCGGCUUUCUGCAGACUGCCGCUGCUCCACCGGCAACGGUUCCACCGACAGGGGCCCCCCCGAGGUCACCGCUACACUUUCCGUCACUGGAUUUGGGUACUAGUGGCACCCUCUCGAGUCCAGAUGCCGCUAAUCCGCCAAAUAGCGGAGUCAUAGCGUCCGUUGGGCGCUCGGCUCUCCUGGAGCGCUUCCGGACAGCCUUGCUUGCGUCGGACGAGGCGUUCACUUCCUGGAAACUGGAGGAUAUUCGUGGUCAAAUCGUGGAGUUCAGCACGGAUCAGCAUGGCUCGCGCUUCAUUCAGACCAAGUUGGAGACUGCAACUCCUGAUCAGGUUGGGUGGGUGCUGCAGGAAGUGCUCGCAGAAAUGAAUCGCCUGGUGACGGAUGUCUUUGGCAACUACGUCGUGCAAAAACUCUUGGAGCACGGCACAGCACGUGACCUACAGGCAAUCGCGAUGAAAUUGAAAAACCGGAUCCUAGCGCUCUCACUCCACAUGUAUGGUUGCAGGGCUGUACAGAAGGCACUCGAAGUCUUGCCUGCUAGUACGCAGGCGGAACUCGUGAUCGAACUCGACGGACACGUGUUGAAGUGUAUCCGUGAUCAGAAUGGCAAUCAUGUGAUCCAGAAAUGCAUCGAACGAGUUCCAGGACAACACGUUCAGUUUAUCGUGGACGCGGUUCGGGGCCAGGCCGUCUCGCUUGCUGAACAUUCCUAUGGAUGCCGGGUUAUACAGCGCAUUUUAGAAUAUUCACCAGAGGAGCAAAAAGUCCCGAUCAUGCGCGAGAUUAUGCAGGCGUGCCGAACCCUCAUUCGGGACCAAUACGGUAACUAUGUCAUCCAGCACGUUGUCGAGCAUGGAAAGGAGGAAGAGCGUGCGCAUAUUCUCCGCAUGGUCAGGGAUCAGUGUAUUAGCAUGAGUCAACACAAGUACGCGAGUAACGUUGUCGAGCGAUGUCUGCAACAUGGCUCCCCAGCGGAUCGCAAAGCCCUCAUCGAUAUUCUCCUGGGCCGAUCUGAUGUUGCUGGCAGUGGCAGCGGUGGUGGUGGUAGUUCUGGCGCAACUGCGUUACCCCGCAACAGCGUGCCUCUGAUAGAUCUUGUCCAGGACCAAUUCGGAAAUUAUGUCGUGCAGCGAGUCCUGGAUGUAGCCGGCGACGAACAACGUCAGCAAGCGGCGGAGCUUCUUCGUGCGAAUCUGAACGUCAUCAAACGCUUCUCCUAUGGAAAGCACAUUCUUGCGCGUCUGGAGAGCACUGGAGCAGCUGCCAUGGCACCAACCUUCGCCAACCGCGAAGGUGCGCCCGGAGGCGCGCACCCUUGCGUGCAAAACCUCCAGAACACUGGAAAACGAGCCCCGGCUCAACGUCUGCAACUCGAGCCAUCAAGCAAUUGCAGCUCCGCAAGCAACAGUUCCAGCAGCAGCGCAACAACGACAUCGAGUGCGAGCAGCACAUGGAAUCUCCGCACUGCCUCGAUCGCAUCGCCUUCAAAACGUCGAGGUCGCGCAACUGGUUGCUUUAGCUCCGAGGUCUUGGAAUUAGAAGCGUCAAUGAAGAAACGCUCCGAAGGCGUCACCGCAGGAGGAUUCCCUCAAGCCUCACCAGCAUCCGCAACAGCAACAGCAGCGACAGCGGAGCGGAACCCACGUGCUGCGGGGCGGGCACGUCGACAAACGCACACGCGCUGA